AUGGAUGAAAUGAACUUUACUCCACAAGAAAAACAAUAUAUUUUUUAAGCUCUUGCUGGAAUCUUACAUUUAGGAAACAUCUCUAUAUAAGGAGAUGCAAAUAAAUCAUUCAUAAUUGAAGACUUUUCUUUGAAAACCUCUUGUUAAUUAUUAGGACUUGAUUCUGAAGAUUUGAUUAGAAUAAUUUGCAAAGUUCAAACAGUUAUGGGAAAGGAAGUGAUUAUGAAAGAAAAUAAUAUAGAGGCAGCCAGUAGUGCAAGAGAUACACUCGUUAAGCAUAUUUAUGAGAAAUUAUUUAAUUGGUUAAUCGAAAGAGUUAAUGUAUAACUUUAAGCUUGUGGUUAAGUUUAAGUUCAAUAAAAUACAUCUUAAUAUAUGAUUGGUAUUCUAGAUAUUUUUGGUUUUGAAAUAUUUACAGAUGAAUAAGGAAUAUAGACAAACAGUUUUGAAUAAUUAAAUAUUAAUUUUACAAAUGAAAAACUCUAAUAACAUUUUAAUUCCCAUAUGUUAGAAACUGAAUAAAGUAUCAUAUUUAAUUCUAUCAAUUUAGGUGAAUAUAAUAUGGAAAGAAUAUAAUGGAAUCAAAUUAAAUUUCCUGAUAAUAAAUAAAUAAUUGAUGUAAUCGAGAAUUCAACUUUGUCCAUAUUUAAGUUACUUAUUGAUUAAACUAUUGCUCCUAAAGGUAAUGAUAGAGAAUUUAGUAAUUCAUUUAAAAAAUUACCAAGAUAUUGUGUUUUCAAUGUCUAAGACUUAUUGGCUUAGGAUUCAGAUAUCAAAGUAGAUAAAAAGCAUAAAACUGCUAAAUUUGAUUGGUUUGGAAUCAAACAUUUUGCUGGAUAUGUGAUUUAUAAUGUCUCUGGAUUUAUUGAUAAAAAUAAAGACACUAUCAAUCAAGAAGUUCAUAAAGUUUUGCCAACGAGCAAAAAUCCUAUUCUUAGAGAAAUCUGGAAAAGUCAUCAAAUUACAAAUACAAAUAUUAAAUAGAAUAAUGUCAUAACUAGAUUUUAAAACUCACUUUAAGAGUUACUUGAAAUACUUAAUAAAUCACUUCCUAAAUAUAUUAGAUGUAUUAAACCUAAUAAUACUAAAUCUGCAUUUGAAUUUGACGCUUAAGAAGUAAGAAGAUAAAUGAGAUGUGCUGGUUUAUUAGAAGCAAUCUAAAUUAGAAAGGCAGGGUAUGAAAUUCGACUUUAUCACAAUGAUUUUAUGAAGAAAUAUAGAUUUCUGAUUAAAGGUAAACCUACAAAUAUUAAUUAAAUGAUUAUAUUAUUGAAUGGAAAUUAAAUAAUUAAAGAAAAAUUACAGAAAGAAUUAGAAGCCAAAAAUCUUUAGAUUGGAAAAACUAAAAUUUUUAUGAAAGAAGGAUUAAGAGAUUUCUUAGAUUAACAGCUAGUAGAAUUUAGAAUGCAAUAUAUAAUUAAAAUUUAAAAAUCUGGUAAAAAAUACAUUUACAAAAAAACUAUUUUUUUAAAACUUAAAAUGCUUUUGUAAAGGCAUUAUAAAUUAUAAAGAUCAUGUAAAUGGUAUUUAUAUAAAGUUGUGUUUUUGGUAAAAAGAAUUAAAAAGAGGAAAAUACUCAACUCCUUAAUUUAAACAAUUUAAAAAUUUGAAAAGAAAAUAGUAGAAUUUUUUGCCUUUUAAAAAUUACAUGAUUAUGCCACUAUUUUAAUAUAGAGAGAUGCUGAAAUUUAGAGAUAAUAAUAAGAGUUAGAGAAAGAAUUAUAGAUAGAAAGUUCUGGAGAAAUCAAUAAAUCAGUCAAUAUAUCUUAAAAAUUAGUUGAAGAUGAUUUAAGUAUUAGUUAAUCUUAACCAAUUUAAUCUUUUAAUAUCAAAACAUUCACUAAACUUGACCCAGUAAGCAAUUCCGCUUCACAUGAUAUGUUUAAAAAGGCUCUGGAUGAGUUAAAAUAAAAGUUAAAAUUAGAAUAAGAUAAAAGAAGAGAUUUGGAAGAUUAGGUAGAAAAAUUAUAAAAUGAUCUAAAAUAAUUUGAAUCCUCAGGUAGAGAAACUUUAAAUCCUUCUGCAUUUGGAUAAUUAGAAGACAUAUUUACUUUAUAAAAAUUAACAGAAGAAAAGACAAUGUUGGAAGUUUAAGUAGAAUAAUUAUAAUUUGAGAAAAAAAGAAUUGAAAAAUCUGUACUAUAUUCAUAUCAUAUUUUAGAGUUUUGAUUAAAUUUAAAAUUUAAGCCUCUAAUUAGCUCAUGCCUAACAGUGUAUCAAAGAAUUAGAGCACAAUAAUGAAGCUUUAACAUAGGAUUAUUUAAAUGAAGUUAAAGCUAAUGAAGAAAUUGAGGAAAAGUUAAAAGAUGAAUGGAAUUAAGAAAGAAGACAAUUAGCUAGAGAAUUAGAGGAUUGUAAAAAGGCUUUAUCUAAUUAAAAUAAAAUUGCUUAAAAAGAUAUUUAAAGAAUUAAGAUGGAAUAUGAUAGAGAAAAAUUGAGGGUAGCUGAAUUAGAAAGUGAAGUUUUAAAAGCUAAAUAAAUUAGCGAACUAUAAUUGAAAGAUUCAUAAGUUGAAAUUUAAUUAAAGGAUUAAACAAUAUCCUAAUUGAAUAAUUAAAUCAAAGAAUAUAAUACUAGAUCUCUUAUUCAAUCUUAAGUUAUCAGUUAAAUUAAUGAUACUCCUGAAGUAAUUUAAGAACUCAAUGAAAAAAUUAUAACAUUAUCAGCUACUUUAAAAAAAAGAGAAUUUGAAUAAAGUAGAAAUAAAAAGCUGAUACAUACAAUGAAUCAUCUUGUUAAGCUGAAAAUUAUUGAAGUUAAUGCUCUUCAUAAGCAUUUUAAUAUUGUGCAUGAAUAAUAAAAAUAAGUAUUAUAUAUAUUCAUUUUAUUAAGGAAAUUUAUCAGCCAAUAGCUUAUUUCAUGGAAAAAGAAAAAAUAUUGAUAAAAUAAUUUGAAGAACUAGUUAAAUAGAUGAAUUAAGAAUCGACAGGGCAUGCAGAAAAUUAAUAAAAAAAUGGAUGA